UGUAGUUCACCACCACACGGACUCAUCYUUUCGACAUAGACAGGAAGUCAAACUUAAUCCAUCAAUAUUUUUAAAUGAAAACUCUGUUUCUGCUGCACAUCUGUUGGCUGGAAAUCAUCACAGGAAUCAGGGCAGAACCUUCAGUGGACCAGUAUGGGUUGAAGGGGGGUUCAAUAUGUCUGGCUGUUGCAGAACCCGAGAUUCUCAAGGGACUUAAAUGGAAGACGGGCAGUGAUAUAAUAGUUGAUGAUAAAGAGAUCUCUCCUAAAUACAAGGAAAAGGUGGAUUAUAACUGUGUGAACCAUUCUCUGUGUAUAAAGAAUCUGUUGAACACAGACAGUAGAAUUUACAUGAGAAGUGCAAUUAAUCAGAGAGACUGGACAGAUUCAUCUAUCACAUACAGACUGAAGGUGCUGGAUCAUGUUCCCAAACCAGUCAUGGAUGUCACAUCUCUCUUCAACACAAGUGUGGGACUCUGUGARGUCACAGUGAACUGUUCAGUUAAAGAUGGCUGGAUGUUGUCUGRCUGUGMCWGSGGUCAGUGUACACUGUCACAYKAGUUACUGUCURUGUCUGGGGUCAACAUCAUCAUCUCCAAUGGCAACGGGACUAUCCAAUGCACCAGCAGCAACCACGUCAGCACACAGACCAUCUCUCAACCCAUGGAGGACAUAUGUAAAGAGACUGGGUCAAAUCCGGCUGUUGAGCUGGCCGCUUAUACCUCUGUGUCUUCAACUGAAUAA